CUUCCCUUCUUCACUUCACUUUUCUCUGUAAAUUAAGGUUCCAAAAAGUCCCUUUUCUUAAACGGCAGCGUCUCCACGGGAACUGGUUAUUAAACCAAUAAUGGUCGACGUAGAUCGGAGGAUGUCCGGUCUAAAUCCGGCCCAUAUAGCCGGCUUACGCCGUCUCUCAGCUCGGGCUUCCGCUCCUUCAACGGCGACUUCCCACCCUGUUCGCAACGGUCUUCAAUCUUUCUCUUCUUUAGCGGAUAAAGUUGUAAGCCAUUUACGUGAUUCGGGUUUCAAAGUACAACCGGGUUUAUCCGACGCUGAGUUCGCUCGGGCGGAAGCUGAGUUUGGUUUUGUUUUCCCCCCUGACCUCCGGGCUAUAUUAUCAGCCGGUUUGCCGGUGGGUGCUGGUUUUCCCGAUUGGCGAUCCAAUGGAGCCCGACCUUAUCUUCGGGCUUCCCUUGAUCUUCCCAUCGUUGCAAUUUCUUUUCAGAUAGCCCGUAACACUUUAUGGUCCAAAUCUUGGGGUCCAAGACCUUCAAACCCUGAAAAAGCUUUACGGGUGGCGAGGAAUGCACUUAAAAGAGCUCCCCUUUUAAUCCCCAUUUUUAGUCACUGCUAUAUUCCAUGUAACCCAUCUUUAGCCGGUAACCCGAUUUUCUUCAUCGACGAAACCCGGAUUUUCUGUUGCGGAUUUGAUAUAUCCAGCUUUUUCGACAGGGAAUCCUUUUUCCGGACCUCCGAAUCCGACCCGGAAUCGUUGAAGAAACAGAGAUCGGUUAGCGAAAAAUUAGCCGGGUCGUCCACCGACGUAUCCAGGCGUAGUAUGGAUGCCGGUUUCCUUACCGGCACUCGAACCCCUAGAUGGGUAGAGUUCUGGAGCGACGCGGCGGUUGAUCGGCGCCGGAGAAACUCAUCGUCUUCACUCUCGGAUUCAUCGCCCGAGACGUAUUUCGAUCUGCCGAGAACCGGAAUUCCGAAAUGGGUCGAGGAUUACAUCGAGCAAAUCGGGUCGGUUCUUAGAAAAAGCGGAUGGAGCGAGUCCGAUAUUGCAGAGAUCGUACAUGUGUCAGCAUCUGGGUUUUUCGAAGAAGAGAUGGUUUUGUUGGAUAAUCAAGCGGUUCUCGAUGCACUUCUUUUGAAAAUGGAUCGGUUCUCGGAUUCGCUCCGAAAAGCUGGAUGGAGCUCCGAAGAAGUUUCGGAAACACUAGGUUUUGAUUAUCGACCGGAAAAGGAAAAGAAACCGGCUAAGAAAUUAUCCCCUGAACUCGUACUAAAAAUUGGGAAACUUGGUGAAUCAGUUAUCCGGUAAUGAGAUUGGUUCAAUUUUUUUUUUCUUUUUUCUUGUCUUUUUAAAAAAUUUUGGGGGUUGGGUAAAAAGAAUUAUUAAAAUAAAAUAUAGGGUAAGUAAUAACACAUUGUACCAUGAAAAAUAGAAAAAAAAAAUGUAAAAAUCAAAUUGUUGUUCAUAAUUUAAUAUAAACAAUUAAUGAAAAAGAUGGUUAUUUUUGUUGUUUA